ACAGGGAAGAACUUUCGUUCCUUCGGGAGUUCCGGCAGCACAGACCAGAACGAGCAGGGAAAUUACUAGAAGCAAGAAUUUGAGCUCACGUCGGAGUCGUUCGGCAGAUAGCGGGAGCGAACGCAACAUGGAGAAUACCGAGUCCUUAAUGAGGGAGUAUUUUGUCCAGAUGGCCGAAGAGAGGAGGGAAAGCAUCGAAUGUGAUAGAGAAGCGGAGAGGCGGAGGCUGGACGAGAAGGCGCAACGGGCUAAGGAAACAAGGAGGGCAUUGAGGGAAGAACGACGACUUCAGCAUGAGGAGGAGCGAGAUGCACGAUUGAUACGAAUCAUCCGCGGGGAAAUGAAAAAAAAUCAUGAAGAAGAAGUGGAACAUCAUGAAUAUAGAGGCAAAAGACCGGGUAAGAAGGCAGGCAAGACGGAUGCAAAUAGCGAGGAGAAAGUACGUCUACAGAGAUUAAUUGCACCGAAGACACUAGGCAUGGAGGAGACAGAAGACGAGGAGUUACUGGCUCUACGACGAAAGGCAGCGAAAUUGGAUCUGUUGGAGAAGCGCAAACGUGGUCCGGAAGUACAAGUGGGGAAUAGACCACCGAUGACCACUCCAGAGAAACGAACGAACACAAGGCUUUUCGAGGAAAUGAAGGCGAAGAUCGAGUCAGUUCAGGGAGAGCCAGCCUUUGCGUCAGCGUCGACGAGCACUCCGACAAAGAUUGAUCUAUCGUUGAAGCACAUCAUGGCAGCCUGUGGACCAGGAGGGAGGGAGAAAUUUGAGCAAGACUGCCAAGAUUUUUACGAUGCGCUACAUAUUGAGGAACUGAAAGAGGCGUGUCGCCGUGAGAAGGUGAUCAACGGCAAACGGGAACUAGCAAUCAAGCGCUUGAUCACUCGUCGGUCAGCUGUGGCGUAUGACCCUUCGAAUAUCCCAUUGUCCCAGACGCCAAGAGUGACUACAAGGACGACCAAGGGAGUGGUUAUCCAGGAACCCGAGGAGGGUAGGCCUGAGAGCUGAGAAUCGGACCAAUCAUUCACGGAUGACUCGGAGUGAGGAGUCAGUCGUUGCGAUGACUUUCUGACUAGAGCAAAUGAGCUUAGUUUCCAUCGGCAGCUACAUCAGAGUAAGUGCAAAAUUGAGGAGAAGGAAUGUAGGGCGGCGACCAUUGGGCUGAUUUUGACGGGUAAAGUAAAAUGGGGCAAAAAGU